AUGGCCGACCUCUUUCCAAACUUCGAGACGCACCGUGUCUCUGUGCCGUCGAGCGGCGCAGGCGAUGCGGCCGCCGAGCCCAUCGAGAUCUUCUGCCGACGUCGGGUGCCUGCGACGAGCAAGGACGGCGCGACGGCGGGCAAGGCGCUGCUGCUUAUCCACGGCCACCCGCAGACGCACCACAUCUGGCACCGGGUGGCGGCGCAGCUCGUCGAGCAGGAGCCCGAGUGCGAGCUCGUCGUCGUCGAUACCCGCGGCAUGGGCCAGAGCUCGAAGCCGGCCAUCCGCGACGCACAGGGCCGCUCCAACUACACAAAGCGCAGAUGCGCAGACGACCUCGUCGCCGUCAUGCGCCACUUUGGCCAUCAGAGCUUCUACGUCGCCGGGCACGACCGAGGAGCGCGGAUCGGGCACCGGAUGCUGGUCGACCACGGCGCGUCGGUGGUCCGCUCUGCCGUCUUUAUCGAUAUUGCGCCGACGGUCGACAUGUACCGCCUGGGCGACUCGCGGUUCGGGAUGCUGUACUGGCACUGGUACUUCCUCGCGCAGCCCGCGCCGAUCCCCGAGACGUUCCUCGUGAGCGCGCCCGAGGCGUACCUGGGCCGCCUGACCAACAUCGGCCGCGGCUCCUCGGACGCGUCGGCCAAGGUGGCUGCGGCUGCUGCGGCGGCGGCGGCGGCGGCCAAGGACGACGUGUUCCACCCGACCGCCGUGGCCGCGUACCGUGGCAACAUUGCCACCAUGGACUCGGCGGCGGCCAUGUGCGAAGACUACCGUGCGAGCGCGCCCGGCGGCGAGGAUGCCGUGGCCGACGAAGAGGACCGCGCGGCGGGCAGAAAGGUGCCGCAGCCGCUGCACCUGCUGUGGGGCAGCAGCGGCGUGAUUGAGCUGUUGUACGGCGGGGCCGUCGACCUGUGGCAGCAGAGGUGCGAGCAUCCGGUUCAGGCCCGGCCGGUCGAGACGGGCCACUAUGUGCCCGAGGAGGCGCCCGAGGAGGUCGUCAAGGAGAUUCGGGCGGUGCUGCGGCACGAGUGA